GUUCAUGGUGGAGUAUGCCGGCGUGGCCAAUUUCGAGGUGGAGGGCGGCUCGGGUAAGAACGCGGGCACCGAGACGAAGGACGUGCUCGUGAUGUGCAACCUGAAGUGCGGUUUCGAGUGUUUGCGCAUGCUGGACCGCGAGGCGGUGGCCCCGCGCCCCCUCGCGAGGGGAAGAGCUGGGUCCGGGCGAAGAAGCAGGACAUCUUGGACAGCCUCACGAAUUCCGUGGCGGAGGGAUUCCGGCUCGAAGGCGCGGCGCUUCAUGUUCCAGCGCAUGCCCGCCACCGAGGUCUUCAUGCACCUGGCCGACGUCCAUCAGGUGCCCGGGUAUCCCGACGCGGCGCAAGACGCGGUCUGGACCCCCCAGGAGGUGGCGGAGGUGGUGCUCCACGAGGCCU